AUGAUGGAGAGCAUAGUCAAGAGGAUCAUUGACGUAGGUUUCUUUAAAAACGAAGAACUUGCGACAAUCUUGGGGACUUCUAAACGGACUAUUGAGCGAAUUGCUGCAGAGAAUACUGAGAGUGAAUCUGACGAAGCGGCUGGAAGAGAAGAGGCACUAUCCAGAUCUCCCCUAAAGCAUUGAAGUGAUGAAGACUUUGCUGAGGUCAUUAAGGAAUGUGAGAAGGAUACAGGUUUUGUCAGCAAGGCAAGUUUGAGGGCCCAAUUCAAAAGAAAGACAGUUGACAUCAGCGAAGAACAGCUAGGAAAAGAGCUGAAGAAGAGGGGAUAUGUCUAUAGAAAGAAGAGGGUUGUUCUACAGCUAACUGAAGCUCAUAAAGAGCAGAGAAUGUCCUGGGCUAGGUCUUUGAUUGACUCAGAUAUCGCUUCAUGGGAUCUUCAGUGAUGAGUGCUAUGUGCAUCUCUUUCGUAA